AUUACUCAGACGGACGAUUGACAAUAAUAAAUUUACUCCAUUCGUAGUAUGAACUAAUUAGUGUCAACAAUUGACAAUCGUCCCUUACACUGUUAAUUGAAAUUCUAGAAUCAACAAUUAGGCUGCUCAUCAUGUUGUUUGUAUAAUGAUUCUGGAGGAUAUUUAAGAUUGUGAUUGCCUUUAUUUAUCAAUACGACACAAGUUGUGUAAUACAACUAAAAGAAUAAAUCAAGUCAAGAUAACAACUUGCAACUUUUUGAACCUAUUAGGACAGAGGACCAUACUGUGUGAUCGAUUAGCAUAAUCUUAAAUAUACUGAAUUUAUUUAUAAGAUGGAAGGUGUCCCGAGAAUAUCGAUGGUGUCGUUUCCUCUGCGAAAAAGUGCAGAUGCUCCUAGUUUUAAGGCCAAGUUAAAAGCGUACAUUCGAGAUGAAUACAAGGAAGACGGAGAGAGUUAUAGUACUGAAAUACAUGAAUUGGAACGAUUGAGAGCUGGAGCGAUUCACAUUUCUAAAGAUUUUUCUGGAUGUUCAACUUUGAAAAAAUAUUUCUGUCAAUUGAACCUUCUCCGGACUAGAUUUCCAAUGAUGGAAGGAGGUCCUUGUGCUAUUACAUUUAGUUGGCACGAUGUGUUUUCAGAAACUGUUCAUGGGUGGGCAGAUGUUGAAUUUGAAAUGUCGUGCAUUUUCUACAACAUUGGUGCGUUACAUUCAGAGCUUGGUGCCACUGACAGUCGUCAAACCGCUGAUGGAAUGAAGAAUGCCUGUACACACUUCCAAUGUGCGGCCUGGGCUUUCCAACAAAUGCGCCAUAACUAUCAAAACUUUUUUACUCAAGACAUUUCUCCUGAUACGUUGAGCAUUAUGACCAAUAUCUGCCUGGCUCAGGCUCAGGAAUGCAUUUUGGAGAAGAGCUUAAUCGAUAACAGAAAAUCGACUAUAACAGCAAAGGUGGCGCUACAAAUUGUGGAAUAUUACCAACUUGUAUUCAAAACCUCUGACCAAAUGAUUAAGGAUGCUGGACAGUAUUCAGAUAAGGUCAUAAAAGCUGUUAAGAAAUGGAGGAAACUAGUCGAGUUAAAGUCUCAUUAUUACGGCAGCAUCGCUCUUUUAUAUCGUGGAUUGCAAGCAGAAGAUGAAACAAAGUAUGGAGAUCGUGUCACCUUUUACAAAGCUGCAUUAGAAAAACUCAACGAGGCUUCGAAAUGUGCAAAGUCUGUCGACAAAACUGACAAUAUCCACGACACGAUCCAGUUUACAUAUGACGUCGUUCAAGGAAAAGUUACCAUUUCGGAAAAGGAAAAUGAGUUUGUUUAUCAUGAAAAGGUUCCUGAGUUAAGUGCAAUCACGUCAGAAAUAAAGGGAGUGUCUUUAGUCAAGGGUAUUCCAUUCAAAUUCGAUGAUCCACAAAUUGCUGGCCCAGAUAUCUUUGGCCGACUUGUGCCUAUAGAAGCUCACGAGGUUUCGUCGUUGUACAGUGAAGAGAAAGCCAAAAUACUUCGACAUUACUCUGGAAAAAUAGAAGGCAAAAACGAAACGUUGGAUAAAAUGAUAAUUGCUCUUCAACUAGAUCAAAUUGACUUACAAUCAUCUACAAAAAAAAUCCCCCAAGAACUCGUUGACUGCUGUGCAGCUCUAAGUGUGAAUAAAGAUGCGGUAAAGAGGUUAUCUGAUUCAAUGUCCAAACUGAGUGGAAUGUUUCAUGAUGUGGAGGGAAAUCUUGGCGAAAUUGAAGACAUUCUGAAAGAGGACGAAGCGAAAGAAAAAGAACAUUGUGAUAUAAUGGGAACGAAACGUCCACCAAGUAACGUAUGGUUGGAAUUGAACAGAGAGGUUCAAAAAUAUCGAAGUGCUCAUUCCGUGGCAUCCGAAACAAAUCAAACACUUCAUGAAGCUUUGAGCAAACAUGUUGGGAACUUGCAAAUUCUAAUGAAACCAUUUAACGAAGUGAUACAACACAUUCCCUCAUUUGACGACGAUGAUGAAGCGGAUCAAGAAGCGAUCUCCCAAAUGAAGAGGCUAAUAGGAAAAGUGGACGAAAUGAGGAAACAACGUAUUACAUUGGAAAAUCAACUACGGGAAUCAAUUCACAGUGACGAUAUCACCAGCAAAAUUGUGAUUAAAGUGGAGUCUGAUUUAAUGGAACUUUUUCGGGAAGAGUUGAAAAAACACGAUAAGAUCACUCAAAUUCUUGAUCAAAACCUUUUGGCUCAAGACAACAUUAUUCGUGCUCUAACUGAAGCGAAUGCUAACUAUGCCGAGACGAGGAAAAAGACUGUCCAAGUAAUGAAAAGACGGGAUAAAGUUAUUGAAGAUCUUAUUUCCUCUUAUGAAAGUUAUGACGAAUUGCUAAACAAGUGCAAUAAGGGUAUCGAGUUUUAUACAAAGCUGGACACAAAUGUACAGAAAUUGUUACAACGAGUGAGAUCAGUCUGCAAAGUUCAAGAGGAGGAACGUGAAACCGCAAUGAACACCUUGAUUAACAAAACGAAAGCUAUGAAUUUCAAUAACAUGUCCAACCACAUGCCUCCAGUUGGAGCUAACAAUGUGAAUUUGAAUAUGGGUCAAUUUGUUCCUAAACCUGGAGGGAAUUUCCAAGAAAAUUUCUCAAUAUCAUCGACUACCGGACAUUUGAAGUUAAAGGACGUUCUUGCAAUGAAAAAACAACCUAAUCAACCAGUCCAGCCACCUUCAAUAAAUAAUUCGGUUGCAAAUAAUACGCCGUAUUCUCACAAUCUAGUAAAUCCUAUGCAAAUACAGCAAAAUCAACAGUUUUAUCAACCUCAAACGUCCGUCCUUCCAACACAAACAUUUUACGGCCAAGGGCAGUAUUACUCUUAUCCGCAGCAGCAACAGGAACAUUCGUCGUACCCACCUCCCCCGCAGCAGCAACAGGGCCAGCAACCUUCCUCUUAUCCAUCUGUUCUUCCUUCGCAGCAGCAACCUUCGUCUUAUCCACCUGUUCCUCCUACGCAGCAGCAACAGGGCCAGCAACCUUCGUCUUAUCCAUCUGUUCCUCUUUCGCAGCAGCAGCAGGGCCAGCGACCUUCGUCUUAUCCACCUGUUCCUCCUACGCAGCAGCAACAGGGCCAGCAACCUUCGUCUUAUGCAUCUGCUCCUCCUUCGCAGCAACAACAGGGCCAGCAACCUUCGUCUUAUCCAUCUGUUCCUCCAGCGCAGCAACAACAGGGCCAGCAACCUUCGUCUUAUGCAUCUGUUCCUCCUUCGCAGCAGCAACAGGGUCAGCAACCUUCGUCGUAUCCACCUCCUCCCCAGCACCAACAGGGCCAACAACCUUUGUCGUAUCCACCUGUUCUUCCUUCGCAGCAACAGAGCCAACAACCUCCGUCGCAUCCUCCUCAGGAGUAUAACCCCAACGACAGUUAUCUGGCGAAAUAUGUAAAACAACACAUGGGUGCAGCAACUGUGACUUCAAACAGGACUUCUACUUCCAUUAACAGCACUCUACCUAAUUUCUUUGGACUGAGUUCCCAGUCUCUUGCAUCAAAUCAAUUUCCUAAUGUUGUACCUCAACAAAAUCAAAAUCCUGCACUGAACUAUCAGCAGCCGCCCACGCCACAACCUUUACAAACGGCUCAACAUGGAUAUCAAGCAGGACAAGGCCAACAGUUUCAAUACCCAAAUUCAAAUAAUGGAUUUAAUAACCAAAGUAGAGUAAUAGACCAGCAACAGAAUUAUUAUACUCCUCCUAAUCAACAGACACCGCAAAGCCUUCCAACAUCGCAACAGCAAUCUAUUUAUUAUAUGCAAGGUCAGCCACAGGGCCAGGGUCAAUUUUAUCCGCAACAGCAGCAGCAACCUCAAGCUCCACCCCAGAAACAAGCGAUGAGUAGCAACUUUGACCUUUUAUCGGACAUCGACUUGAAUUUUUCACUACCACAACCUUUGACCCCAGCCGUUAUUCCUAAUUCCAAUCAAGAAAAUCAUAGCUGAAAUGUUGAUUAUGCAAUGUUUUUCCUUUUCUUUCUCAAACAUGCACGUCUAGUAAUACCAAUAAAUCAACUUAUUUGACUAUGUCAUAUUUAAAACUAUAAUAAACAUCUAUCUACAUAUA